ACAUAACCUAUCAUUUUCGCGUUCCAAUUUAUUAUUCCCAUGUUUUGUAUACAGAUUUUUCUAAAAGCCGCAUAUAAACUGUAUCAGAAAUUACAAAGAAUGUACAAAUAGAUUAAGCUCAAAAGUGUACAAUAACUGAAGAAUUGAUAGAUUUAAUUAUGGAGAAGAAUAUUUUGAUUCAUCUGGAUUUAAAGGGAGCUCCUCCAAAACCAGCAUAUUUAGCAAAGAUAGAUUUCGUAAAAAUUAAUGCAACAUCUGUAGUUGCAGCAAGGAAACCGAUUAAAAAACUGAAGGACUUGCUUGUCGACAUUCCUGUGCCCAUUAAGGAAGCUCGAAUUGUAAAAACAAAAUUUGCAAAAUCUGUCUUGCUAGAUUUGGGAAAAGAAGUGGUUUUUUUGCCGGAAAGAAUGACACGAGGCCUACAUCUCAGGCAUCGAGGAGUUUGCAAGCGGAAAAUAUUCGUUAGUAUAUCAAGGCCAGGUGGACGUUGGGAGCAAGUAUCAGCCGAUGUCAUCUUUCAAAAUUGUCUAAUACUGAAAGAAAGAGAGAGUGUUAAUAUGUUUUUAGUUCUUUUCGUUUGUAAAAUCCCUUGUGCUACAGGCAUUCUUUUAGAAUGGGAGGAUACUUUCCCAUACACAGAUGAUAUUAGAUUGUUAGGAAGUCUUGGGGAUUCUAGUGCCACCAGCCAAUCAAAUUUAACUGUGAUACCUUUAGUACAAACAAUAGGUCAUAUGGAAUUUGUUUUGAAAUAUAGUAAAUUUAACUACUUAAGAGAAACCAAAGACUGUCCAAAUUGUUUAUGCCCUACUUCAGAUGGCAGUUUAGAUUUGGUCAAAUGUUUAAUAAAUCAAAUCAUAUCUUUUCAUGAACACUGUGAGUAUAUCCAUAUCGGCGCUGAUGAAGUUUGGCACAUGGGAGUUUGUGAAAAAUGUGUUCAACUAGGUUCACAACGGCUUCGUUUCUUGUGGUUAGAUCAUGUGAUCAAAUUAGCAAUUUAUAUAAAAAGUACCUAUCCAAAUAAGAAAAUAAUCGUAUGGGACGACAUGCUAAGAAAUAUCGAUGAAGAUCUUCUUAAGGAAUCAAAUAUAGGAGAUCUCGUGGAGCCAAUGGUUUGGUACUACCAAAACGAAGACGCUUUCUUUAAUCAAAAUCUCUGGGACAAAUACUGCACCAUAUUCCCGAACAUAUGGGCUGCUUCUGCUUUUAAAGGAGCCACAAGUAGCUGUCAAAUAAUACCAACAGUUGCCCAUCAUAUACAAAAUCAAGAGUGCUGGAUUCGGGGCUUGUCAAAAUAUACUGAGAAAAUAAAAAACUUAAGAGGAAUAGUACUAACUGGCUGGUCGAGAUUUGAUCAUUAUGCGACGUUAUGUGAGUUGCUACCAUGUGGAAUUCCAUCUUUAUUUUUUAGUUUAAUGACACUGCGUCAUGGAGAGUAUUCACCGGAAGCUUGCGAGGCAGAAGCUUUACGUAUAAAUUGUUCAUUUCCAUUCAAUAACAUGACAAACAGACCUCCCAUUUUUCCUGGUAGUGAAGUAUACGUCACGAUGGAAUGGUUAGCUAGUUUUAUCAGAAAAUAUAAAAUGGAAGUUAAUGAUGACAGAUUUAAUACUUGGUUCAAUCCAUGGCAAAUUAAAACAAUGUAUGUGAAUCGAGGACAUAUUUUGGGAAUCAAUGCAAAUCUAGAAGCAUUAUUAGGUGAACUGGAAAUAGUAGAAAAACGUUUUGAUGAAUGUGUUGUGAACAUUUUGUAUAAUCAUACCAUAGAAGAAUUAAAGGGGACCUUAAUAGAUCCCAUCAAACAAAACAUAAACAAAAUGUUACAAGCAUCUAAAUCACUAAUAAAUCCUGGUUGUUUAUCGAAACCUCAGGCAUUUAAAAGAAAUUGGCUCCAGGCGGGAAUGAGUGUUGAAGAAAAUUCUUAAUAUCUCCCGACAGCUAAAGAAGAUUGCAAUUUUUGCGAUAAUAGUCACACAAAACAACACAAUUUUAGAGCUAAAAAUAUAAAAACCAAA